AUGGAACUAAUUUUUGCUUCCAUUAUCAUCACUAGCACGGGUCCAACAAAACAACAAGGUAGUGAGGAAGGUGUGGCAGCUUACGGAUCAGCAUAUCAACAACAACCUAAUCCUGCGAAUGGACCUCCAUCGGAUCAGUCUGCGGCCGCAUACCAACAGUAUGACCCGGCUACUUUAGCUCAGUAUCAACAGGCUUGGCAACAGUAUUACGCAGCAAUGAGUCAAGCGGGUGCUGGAAAUGGGCCCGGCAAUGGUAAUCCACCGUCGGGACCUGUCUCACAGCAACCUCAAUCAGGGCCGGAUUCGACGCAGUAUUCGGGAUAUUUCGCACAAUCAGGCGGUGGACCGCCAGGCGGGAAUGGACCACAACCGAACAACGGUGGCCCUCCAUCAUCCGGUUAUGCGAGUUCCGGACCGAUGCCGAAUUCGUAUGGUGCACCUCAAUCGGGUGGUCGAGGAGGCAUGCACGAAGGUCAAGGAGUGCCACCACCGUUGAUGUCGAAAGGAAGCGGAUAUGAUCCGUAUGAUAGUGGUGAUAGUCGAGGAGGUGGCGGUCAUGGAAUGGGCGGUGGAUACGGCGGAGGAGGCCCUGGUGCAGGAGGAGGAGGAGAUCGCUAUGGUGGACGUGAUGAACGUGGUGGAGGUGGUCGUGAAAGAGAUAGGGACAUGGGUGGUGGAUAUUCGGAUAGAGGCAGAGGAGGAGAUCGGGAAAGAGAUAGAAGUCGUGGNAAUUGGUAUAUAUUCGGGGUUGUAUAUAUUAAAAUGGAUGACGGUGUGUGA